AUGUCCCACUCACAAGACUACCUCGCUCCGACAGCUCAACAACCACUCAACAAAUACAUACCACAAUCCCCUAAACCACAUUCACCGCCUCAGACACCUUCACCCGUAUCGCCAGGGAAACCUAUCUUAUCACUUCCACCACACACUACUGAUUCUCAAGACGAGAGAGGAAUGUCAACAGGUACUCCCGAAGGAUACAGUUACUCCUCUUCCCCUUCGCUUCCUAUCGUAGCAGAAGCUUCGUCCCAUAAACCAUCAUCAUCUUCACCCUUGGCUGGUAUGGGCAUAAGCUUCCCACCAGAAGCAAACCCUUUACCUACAGAACUCUACACUCAAGAGCAACCCUCAUCAUCAGAUCAUUUACCGGUCAUGAACGGACCACCUUCCCUUCAGCGACGAAGGUCAAGCGAAGGUGUCAAUUUCCCCCUGUCCAACGGAGGUGGUGUUGCAAUGUCGCAGUCACUUUCAACAGGGUCGACAUCCUCCGUAACGAAUGCCCCGUCUCAGUCAUUAUCACCUUACCCACCUUCGAUCAUCGGUCAGCUCAACACUCCCCCUCGGCCUCGUACAAUCUCUCCUCGCCACAAUGCACCCACAACAUUCGCAUCAUCUUCUUCUUUAGGUAAAUCAGGUCUGGGUGAACCGCGUGAGAGAGUACUGUCGCCGAGCAAAGUCGAUAUGGCGGGAGGCAUUUCGGAUCAGGAAUAUGGAAGUGGAACUGGCAACCAUCUAGACCCUAAUAAUCCGUAUGAUCAACCACCCAUUCUGAAAGAGAAACAGAACUGGACGUCUGCAAAUAGCGCUUUCUCAUCUUUUGGUGGAGUCGGAAGUCAACCUUACUUCCCAUUGACAGGCAAGGAGAAUCUAUUGGGAAACUCACCGACGGUACAUCCAACGAAAGUCCCCUUCAAAGACAGUGUUGGAUACUGGUUGGCCUUAUAUUUUUGUUUCAACUUGGGUUUAACACUAUUCAACAAAUUCGUUCUCGUCAGCUUUCCUUUCCCAUAUACUUUGACUGGUUUACACGCUCUGUCUGGUUGUGCCGGUACUUAUAUAGCAUUGGAACAAGGUGCUUUUACCCCAGCUCGUCUCACACAAAAGGAAAACAUCAUCCUCGCUGCUUUCUCUGUACUUUACACCAUCAACAUCGCAGUCAGCAAUAUCAGUCUGCAAUUGGUAUCCAUUCCCUUCCACCAAGUCGUUCGAGCGUCCACUCCCCUGUUCACAAUCCUUAUCACCGCUAUCUUCCUUCGUGCUAGAUUUAGUGCCUUGAAACUCAUUUCAUUAUUACCUGUGGUAGCCGGUGUAGGAUUUGCUACUUACGGGGAUUACGACUUCACUGCUUUGGGCUUGAUUUUGACGUUACUUGGUACCUUCCUUGCUGCACUGAAGACUGUAGUGACGAAUCUGAUCCAAACCGGUGCUGGUGGUCGAUUGAAGCUUCACCCUCUUGACCUGCUAAUGCGUAUGUCCCCACUGGCUUUCAUCCAAUGUGUGGUUUACGGAUGGUAUACCGGUGAACUCGAACGAGUAAGAAGAUAUGGCGCUACUCAAAUGACUAGGUCAAAGGCGAUUGCGUUGCUGUUCAAUGGCGUUUUCGCCUUCGGUCUGAAUAUCGUAUCUUUCACCGCCAACAAGAAAGCUGGAGCUUUAACGAUGACGGUAUCUGCCAAUUGCAAACAAGUCUUGACCAUUGUGUUGGCUGUGAUGCUCUUCAAUCUCCAUAUUUCACCCACUAACGGUGUUGGUAUACUACUCACUCUGCUUGGGGGUGGUUGGUACGGAUACGUUGAAUACAUAGAAAAGAAGAAGAAGACCAAAGUACUAGAACGGGCUUAA